GUGGACAUGGACGAAGACACCGAGUACGAGGAGGAAGAGGAGCCUCCUGAAGGAGAAGAGAAUCCAAUCCCGUUAAAGAUGACGGACCUGGUUCCUCCUAAAGAGAAGGUCCUUCCAAUCCCAGAAGGCAGUGCGUUCUUCUGCCUCAGCAGCACCAACCCUAUCCGUGUAGCCUGUCACACUCUGAUCCACCACCACAUCUUCUGCAACCUCAUCCUGGUCUUCAUCAUCCUCAGCAGCUGCUCAUUGGCUGCUGAAGAUCCAAUCAGAGCCCACUCCUUCAGGAACAACGUGAGUCUCAAA